UCCAUGUUUUCCUUUAGGCGUUCUAGCAACGGCUGUGAAUUAAAGUCAUGCUGACAUCGUCCCCCCUAGCGUGUUAGGAGCUAUGGACCGCAGAAGCAUGGAGCGCCUCUCUUGCAGUGUGAUUUUGAUCGUGGCCAUUUCCAAAGCGUUUGAACCGGAAUUCGCCGCCGCAGCCGGGUUGGGCCACCCCCGUGAACUUGCACGUCCCCCUCAGGGAGACCCCGUCUGGAGAGAUAACGGCCUUCGGUCCCUGGAGGAGCCUGCAAUUCGCCAUCGAUCUUUGCAGUUGGUGCCGUCCCUAGGAAUCCAGGACAGUAAGGAGCUGAACAGAACCUGCUGUCUGAACGGGGGAACCUGCAUGCUGGGGUCCUUCUGUGCCUGCCCCCCCUCCUUCUAUGGCCGGAACUGUGAGCACGAUUCACGCAAAGAGAACUGUGAGUCUGUACCCCAUGGCGCCUGGCUGCCCAGGCGAUGUUCCAUUUGUAAGUGCUGGCACGGCCGGCUUCACUGCUUUCCUCAGACAUUUCUACCCGGGUGUGAUGGCCACGUGAUGGAUGAGCACUUCCUGGUUUCCAGGACUCCAGAAUUAGCACCGUCUUCAGGCAUCACUUUCUCUCUAGCUGGCAUCUGCCUUGUUAUACAAAGUUACCGUUAACAGGCACCGGCAUAUGGGGUAUUUCCAUGCAAACCCCAUAACCUGUACAGGCCGUCACCCUAAUGUCCUAACUG